AUGCCCGUCGCCAGCCUCAGCCGCCUCGCCCUGGCCCUGGCCCUCGUGUGCGCCCUGAUGUGCCUCCAGCUGGUGGCCGCACAGGGACUUGGGGAAGCCGCCGCGAAGAGUUCGCGUCCGCCGCGAAGAGUUCUGCGUCCGCCGCGGGGUCUGCCGUGGAAUCCUCCGCGGAGGACCUCGCCGUCCUCUUCGCGCAUCCGUGGGCGGCUGCCGGCGCUGCCUGCGUCGCAGUCGCGGCGGCGCUGCUCUAGGCGUAGGCAGACGUCUUUUGUUUUUGUGCCGGUCGGGAGGCAAGGCGCGGUGCCCGGCGCCAGGAGGAGACUGCGGGACACCAGCGAGGCGCACAGCAUGCGCCGUGGCCUGCACACCUCUGCACCGCCUCCGGUUGGUGUAUUAGGUGUGGGCACUCUGGGUCGCUUGUAUUUUUUGAUUUGA